AUGUCUGAGAGGGCGAUACUGAUGCGAUGCGAUGCAAUCCUGUACUCCCCUGCGCUCGGGCGUCGCUCUGCUCAUUCCAUUGCAAGCUCGCAGAAUGACCAGAAUUCAAACAACAACCAGAACCACAACCACAACCAGAGCAACCAGAGCAGCCAGGGGUCCUUCCGCGGCGCGGCGGCCAUUGCGCUCGCGACUGUGGCUGUUGCUGGCACGAUGGGUCUGUUUGCAGUCGUGACGGCGGCGGAGGCGGACAUUGAUAGUCGCCGACGCAAGCCGAGAUUGGUCAUUCUGGGCUCGGGCUGGGCCGCGGUCGGCGUCAUCAAGGGCCUCGUUCCCGGCGAGUACGACGUGACGGUCGUCUCGCCACGGAGUGCGUUCGUCUUUACGCCGCUUUUGCCAUCGGCGUGCGUCGGGUCGGUGGAGAGUCGCAGCCUGGUCGAAUCCAUGCGCAAGAUGUGCGCCAACGCCCAAGCCCACUUUGUCCAGGCCGGCGCCACGGAUGUCGACUUUGGGCGCAAGACGGUCGUGUGCAAGGACGAGCAUGACCAGCUGUUUGAGCUGCCGUAUGAUCGCCUCGUUGUCGCGGUCGGCGCGCACAACAACACGUUCAACACGCCGGGCGUUGAGAAGAACUGCCACUUCCUCAAGCAAGUCCAGGAUGCCCGCGACAUUCGCGCCAAGAUCAUGGACAACUUUGAGCAGGCCGCGUUGCCAACCACCCCUGUGGACGAAAAGCGGCGCCUGCUGCACUUUUUGAUUGUCGGAGGCGGUCCCACGGGCGUCGAGGUGGCGGCCGAGAUUGCCGAUCUUGUGCGCGACGACCUGGUGCAUCUCUUCCCCGAGCUCUGCCAAAAGUACGUCAGCGUCUCUCUCGUGCAGUCUGCCGACCACAUUCUCAACACGUACGACGAGAGCAUCUCGCUGUACGCCGAGAAAAAGUUCAAGAUGCAAAACAUCAACGUCAUUACCCGCGCGCGUGUCUUGCAAGUCAACCCCACGUCGGUCGAGUACACGGAGCGCAUUGACGGCAAGGACGUCCCCAAGACGCUCAACUAUGGCAUGUGCGUCUGGUCGACGGGCAUCAAGCAAGUGCCGCUGGUCGAAACCAUUGCAACCCACCUCGACAAGAGCCAAAACCACCGUCGCGCACUCGUCACGGACUCGCGCCUGCGCGUGAUUGGCGCCGGUGGCGACAUGUUUGCAAUCGGCGACUGUGCCACCAUGGCCAUGCCCCACCUGCUGACCAACGUCAAGGACGUCUUUUCCGAGGCGGACGAGAACAAUGACGGCGUGAUUUCCUACGAGGAGUUUGAGCACAUGUGCAACCGCGCGGUCGAGCGCUACCCGCAGAUGGAGAUGCAUGUCCGACAGCUCAAAAAGCUCUUCUCGCAGUAUGACGCCGAUGACAACCGCAGCCUCGAUCUGGCCGAGUUUGGCAAAUUCUUGGCAGACAUUGACAAGCAGCUCAAAGCCUUCCCGGCCACGGCACAGGUUGCCUCGCAGCAGGGCAAGUACAUUGCGCGGCAGCUCAACUACCUCGCGCUCCAAGACCGGCGCACCUUCCUCGCUCAGCAGGAGGGCGGUCCUGCUUCCACAGCCACUGCGGCCUCCGAGAAGGCUGCGGCGGAAAUCUUGCACCAGACGGCCAAGCGCCAGGCUGCCACGGGCAUUGAAGGAAACGCCGUGGCGGUGGCAGCCGUCCUUCCGGAGGGCUCGCGCGUCGUGACGACCGCCCAAGACCAGGAGCGGCUGGCCCGCCAAGCGACAGCUCUUGCCUACAAGCGGCCUUACAAGGAUUUCGAGCCAUUCCACUACCACCACAUGGGAUCGCUGGCCUACAUUGGCCACGAAGAUGCUGCCAUCGACUUUGGCGGCGGCAUCACUGGCUCCGGCACGGCCGCCUUCUUCCUCUGGCGCGGCGCCUACCUCAGCAACUCUGUAACUGUGCGUGUGCGUGUUGCCAUUGCCCUUGACUGGCUGAAGCUUGCGCUGUUUGGCCGGGACUUUAGCCGUUUUUGAAGGCGCAGUCAUUUUUGGGUUGGUUUUUUUUUUUUUUGCCGUGUGCAUUGGUUUGGUUGUUGUGAGUGUAGUUGAUGUGAGGAUUUUGUGUUUUGGACAAGUCUCUGCCAAUGAAUUUUGGAUGUCAACGCGACAUUGCAAGAACCAGGCAGUAAAAG